AUGCAGCGUUUUGCCUAUGUUGUUAUCUUUUCAAGCCGGAUAUUGGAGAACAAGCAGGAGUCGCACCAAUCUAGAAAUGAAUAUCGAACUCGUUUGACUGCAUCAAUUGAAUGUAUCCGAUAUCUUUUAUACCAAGGACUUGCCUUUCGUGGUCACGAUGAAUCUGAAGAUUCAAACAAUCAAGGGAACUUCCUCACACUUUUGAGAUUCCAUGCUCAUCACAAUGAGGAUGUUAGAGCUGUUGUAUUGGAAAAUGCUCCUGAAAAUCUGAAGUUAAUAUCACCUAUGUUUCAAAAAGAGAUUGUAAAUGCCAUUGCAAUAGAGAUUGUCAAUUUUAUUAUUAGAGAUAUUGGAGAUGGAUUUUUUUCUAUUUUAAUUGAUGAGUCUCGUGAUAUAUCGAUAAAAGAGCAAAUGGCUAUUGUGUUACGUUACGUGAAGAAUGGAAGUGUCAUUGAACGUUUUAUUGGUAUGGUACAUGUUACUGAUACAACUGCUCUCUCACUCAAGAUGGCGAUUGAUAAUGUAUUUUCUACACAUGGAUUGAGCAUUUCUAGAUUGCGUGGGCAAGGCUAUGAUAGGGCUAGAAAUAUGCAAGGUGAGUUCAACGGUCUCAAACCGCUUAUUCUGAAAGAGAAUGAAUUUGUUUUUUAUGUUCAUUAUUUAACUCACCAAAUUCAGUUGGCUCUUGUUGUUGUGGCAAAGAAUCAUGGCUAUAUUUUCACUUUUUUCAUAUUUGUUGCUAAUGUGGUGAAUGUAGUUGGAGCCUCAUGUAAAUGUCGUGAUCAUAUGCUUCGCGAGAAACAAAUUGCUGAAGUUAUUGAUGGAUUUAACAAAGGCGAGCUCACAAGUGGGCAAGGCCUAAAUCAAAGUACUUCCCUUGUACAUGCAGGAGACACCCGUUGGGGCUCACAUUAUGGAACUUUAAUUAGCUUGAUUACAUUAUUCUCAUCUGUUAUUGCUGUUCUUGAGUUUAUCGAAAAAGGAUUGAAAUCUGAUCAAAGAGGCGAAGCAUCUAUUCUACUUGGAUCAAUACAAUCCUUUAAUUUUGUAUUCAAUCUCCAUUUGAUGAAGACAUUGUUGGACAUGACAAAUGAAUUAUCCAAAGCACUACAAAGAAAGAUCAAGAUAUCGUGA